UUUGAAUUGACAUAGUCGGUCUUCGUUUGGUAACUACGUAAAAUGAUUUAGCGAGAGAAUGUAAGAAAAAUAAUAGGUACACAUAGUGUGAGAAUCUGAUUUCCGUUUUAUUGGAUCCGGGUCGCCCUCAAAAUUGUCCCUUUUGAUUCAGACCCCCCUCAACUGGAAUCGUGUAUUGGUGAAAGCAAUGCUUUCAUUAGUGGGUGCCGGUUGUGGUUCGUUUGUGUACAAGAAUUCUCUCAGAAAAAGCAUAUGCAAUAUCGGGAAGUGUUCUUUUCGCUCCCCUCCAAGAUUUUUGGUUGAUGAUAAUCAAAACCCAAUAAGAUACGGAAAGACUAUUGUCGCUUGUAAAUGUACGGCGGACUUCACACCCACCAAAUUCACUGGUUCGCAUGAAACAGAUAAUUUGAGUGUGGGAAAGGAGCUUGAGGAUGAAUCAGAUGUGCUUAUUGAAUGUAGGAAUGUCUACAAGUCAUUUGGAGAAAAGUAUAUCUUAAGAGGUGUGAGCUUCAAGAUUAGGCUUGGAGAGGCUGUUGGAAUAAUUGGGCCUUCUGGGACUGGUAAGUCAACCAUCUUGAAGAUCAUGGCUGGGCUUCUUGCUCCGGACAAGGGAGAGGUUUUGAUCCGAGGUAGAAGGCGUCAUGGUUUGAUCAGUGAUGAAGAAAUAUCUGGUCUUAGAAUAGGCUUGGUUUUUCAGAGUGCAGCUCUGUUUGAUUCUUUAACUGUUCGUGAAAAUGUUGGUUUCCUUUUAUAUGAGAAUUCAAGUAUGCCUGAGGAUCAAAUUGCAGAGCUUGUCACCGAUACUCUAGCUGCUGUUGGAUUGAAGGGAGUUGAGGACCGAUUGCCCUCUGAAUUGUCCGGUGGAAUGAAAAAAAGAGUUGCUUUAGCUCGUUCCAUAAUCUUUGAUACCACAAAAGACACAUUAGAGCCUGAGGUGCUCCUGUAUGAUGAACCAACUGCCGGUCUGGAUCCAAUUGCAUCCACCGUAGUUGAGGAUCUCAUCCGCUCUGUUCAUAUGAAAGGUGAGGAUGCACUUGGGAAGCCUGGGAAGAUUGCAUCUUAUGUUGUUGUCACUCAUCAACAUAGCACAAUUAGAAGAGCUGUUGACAGGCUGUUAUUUCUCCAUGAAGGAAAGAUUGUUUGGCAAGGGAUGACCCAUGAGUUCUCCUCAUCAACAAAUCCAAUUGUUCAGCAGUUUGCAUCUGGGAGCUUGGAUGGACCAAUUAGAUAUUAGCUCUGACGAGUGUAGUAAAAUAGAGGGAACACAUGGAUUAUGUUCUUGAAUGCCCAAACUUAUUAUUUAAAGUCACAGAUAAUAUGAUAACUGAGGCAUGAUAGAUUUUUCAUCUAUGAGUUGGAGUGGAGGCAGAGUUUCGAGUUUGAGCUGGUACAGUCCCCCGACUUGCCCCUCCUUCCCUCAGUUUUGUUCUUUUUUCAGAAUUUUCUGUAUAAUUUCAUCAUCUGGGAGUGGUUGGACAAACAUUGUACGAGGUGAAGCCCAGUUGCAAUAGUUUUUUGCUAUAUGAUUUACAGUAGCAUUUUUAGGUGUAAUUGCAACUCUCAGAAAUGAUAUACCGAAAAUGUACCAUUGAUUGAUGAGAUAUGAUCCCACUUCUUAUUUCUUUUAUUCUU